UGGCGCAUUUAUUUGUUUGUUUUUUAUAUUUUAUUUGUAUAUUUUGCAAUCAAUAUUGAAACUAUUGAGCUGAGUACAUUCAAAGAAGAAAUUCAGAUAUCCAUGAGUGGUUUUAACGAUGGCGAAUUCAAGGAUCUGCGCUCCAAAUUGGAUGUCAUGGGCUUCAAUCAAACGCUGCCCGUCCUGGCCAUUCCACUGGUUCAAGGAAUUUUCAGCGACCUGGUCAAGACAACGGAAUGUCUCAGGGACACAAAGAAGCAAGUUUCCGUUCUGCUAGAGGAGAAAGCCUGUUGGGAACUGGGCGUCGAACCCUACAAAUGCGACAACUCCCGCCUGCUAGCUGAAUGCAAUGAACUCCACUUGCAGUUUCUUAGGGAUCGCGAGGACUACGAGCUUCGCUUAUGUGAGGCCGAACGACGGGUGAGAAGUCUGGAGACGGAUAAGGAGCACUUGCAAAGCCAUAACGUGGUGUUACAGAACCAGCUGGAUGCCUUGCUAUCCAAGCAAAUGGUUUCUUCGACGACAGGCAAACGGACGCAAGUGUCGACAACCCGCCAGACCAAGAAACCUUUUAUAACCACAGUACGCUCCGGAAACGUUCUGCCCUGCGUUCUUGGCACUACACUGAAAUGUACGAAAUGCAAUGCGGGAGUGUUUAAGGCCGCGAACACCCCCCAGAAUGGGGUGACCGUCACACAGACCAGCGACCAGGAGGAGCUGGACAAGCUGCAAAAUGAUCUCGCCACGUCCAUCGAACAAUUGGAGUUCUACAAGCGAAAAGUUGAGUCGCGCAAUCGGGAGAUUGCACGGCUAAAUGAUAUGCUGACUGGGGGACGGCCGCCCGCUGCUUUGGCCAAGGACUGUUGCUAUAAGGAAGUGGGUUUCUUAUCGAAGGACAUUGACCUGCUGCAACGAGAGAAGAGUGAGCUUAUUAUGCAGGUGCGCGAGUACCAAGACAAAAUGCACAAUGCAAUGCAGAGGGCCGUAAGCUCAGACGAAGACAACCGAAAGCUUCAAAUGAGCUUAGAUGAGCUCAAACAGGCAGCCCUCCAGGUCGAAGAGCAAGCUAAUUUAGAAAUCGAUGCCCGGGAGCUGGAGGUGAAGCAUCUCCAGGACGAGCUGAAGCAGUUGAAGCAGCAAAACGAACAACAGUUAAACGAGGUACGUCUGGCAGGGGGAGAAGCUCCUUUUGCUGUCCCCUGUGACAAGCGUAAUCUAAACGAACGUUUUAAUUUGCUAACCCGUCGCGAGGAAGAAUUAAAUAGCAUCAUUGAUAAGCAGAAGAAGAAGCUAAGCAAAAUGCAUUUCAAGAUAUCGGAGAUGCAGAAGGAGGCGAAGGACCAGAACCAAAACAGCUCCGUGAGCCUGGAUGAAGAGAAAAUUCGGCUGGCGUCAGAGCGGGACUUCUUUCAGAAGGAAUAUCUACGGAUGAUGGCCAGAUCCGGUUCAGACUCGGAGAUAGCCUUCCUGCGUGUCCAAAUACAGUCAAAGGACGAAGAGCUACGGACACUGCGGAAUGAACUGUGCUCCAACAAACUUCAAUACUCGCCCCAAAAGACUACCCACUACGAGACCCUGCCUCCAUCCACCGCCAGUGGUUCCAUCAGUGAGACCAACAGCCAUCGAAGCGACUGCGUCCAGGCGGCCAUCGGGCGUGUCGAAAGGGAGCGCGACUGUGCCAGGUCGGAGCUGGAGCGAGUGCGCUGCGAGCGGAAUAUGCUAAGGGAGAAGCAGCUGUGUUCCGUUCAAUUGCAUGCAGAGGAGCUCCUGGCCCUUCGGCAGCGCAACGAGGAUCUCAAUGGCCGAUUGCGGCAGCUGGAACGCGAUAACAAGGACCUGAACUUAGCUCGCCUUCCAGGGGAAACGAAUAUGGCUCUGCUCAAAGAGGACAUAACCCAGCUAAGGCAUCGUCUGGCCUCGCUUCAAGCCGAAAUCGACGAGCUAAAGACCGAGAACGAGCAGAUAACCAUGCUCAAUGAGCAGAAUGAACGAAUUAUAGCAGUUUUUCAAAGUAAACUGAUGAUAUCCGAGCGCCAGCGACAGUCUGCAGAUGUCCGGGCCAGCACAUUGGACUCCAGUCGCGAAUCCAACCGGAAUGAGGUCACCCAUCUGCGCAGUGAAAUCGGUGCCCUGCGUCAGACCUACAUUACCCUGGAGAAUGAAAAGGACACUCUUCUGCAUCAACUGGAUAGCAAAACCGAGCGAGCAUAUAAACUAGAAAACGAGCUCAAGAAUUGCAAGGAGAAGAGAAAUUGUCUGGAGCAAAGCGUCAAGGAGCUGGAAGAUCAAGUGCGCAAACUGAGCAACAGAAAUCGACAGUGCGACUCGGAACUGAAUGAGACUUCAACAGAAAGUAAAGUGCUGCGGCAACAGAUUGUGGCACUUAAGGCCAGCCGCGAUGAGGCCAUAGCAGAGAAUGGCCGCCUUAUGGACGUAUUCAGCGAUGCCCAGGUGGAAGUCAGGACUCUGCAGAAAAAGCUCAAGGAGUCGGAGCAGAAGGUAGCGAACAUGAAGGAUCAGCUACACAAGUACGUCCAGGAGGUGAAGAAGGCAGAGGACCUGCUCCUGAAAAAGGUGUGUUCUACUCGAACCUUAAAGGAAAAGGAGCGUGACGAACUCUUGGACAACUUCCACAGCCUCACCAACGAGCAGGUGGUGCUUGAGGGAAACAAUCAGAGUCUGGAGUGCGAGGCAGCCGAGUCAAAACGUCAAAUCUGCGAGCUGGAGUGCGAGAUGCGCAUACUCAAGGAUCAUCUGCAGUGUUGUGAGUGCAAUCUGAAGGAGAUGGAACUACAAUUAGCUGCCGCUAGAGCCACCGCGCGCUGCCUGGAGAGGGAGCUGGAGAAUGUCCGCGACGAUCUGCGCAUCCAGAAGGUCGAUCUUGAGGCACGCAAAGAGCUGUGUGACAAGCUGGAUGUGGAAAAGGCAAAGCUUAAUGCCGAGUUAAAUGAAGUCAAUGAAAUUAGAAAGAAGCUAGAGAAGCAAUGCGUGAAGCUGCGCGACGAACUCCACCGGACGGCGAACGUCUCCCAAGUAACCACAGAGACCACGUAUCAGUUGCUGGAGAACCUGCACCAGGAUCAGCAGCGUCAGGAUGACAAUGGCAUCAGGACAAACAACGAGAUGGAUCGACUGCAACAUCUAUACCAACAGACCAUGGAAAAGCUGCAGGAGGAGCGUGCCCGCUGCACCCAGCAGGAGCUAAUGGCCACCAAGUACGAAGAGCAGGCACGUGAACUACGUAAGAACCUCGACCAGGAUCGUUUCUGUCGGGCACGUACACGUGAAGUCAGUCCCAGGGUGCCCUCGGAAACAUUGUAGCUAGUUCGAUCCCUUUAUUAUUCCCUUAUGUUUGUUUUUUUUUAUUUCAACUCAAAUUUAACGUUCUUAGGGCUCUCGAAGUUGUAUAAUA